AUGGAUAUUGGAGGCGAUAAGGGAAAGUCAACGAAAAAGUGGAAUCUAAAAGGAUGCUUCAGAGGACUAACCAACCGAUGGAAGACCAAAAAGGAAACAAAACUUCGCCCUCGAGCACCGGCUCCUCGGAAUACUUCAGAAAAUGACCAACCCUCCAUCCCGGACGUGCCCCUAAAUACGACACCCGCUUUAGAGAAAAGUAAAACAGCGAUAGGGGAAACAGUGGCCGUCGCGGACCUAUGGCAGGAAGCCUUGACCAAUGUGCAGCAGUCCGACGACUGGAAGGCUGACCGGGAAGAGUACGAAGCCACACUGAACGAAUGCCGUAAAGUCAAUCACGACACCCUCGCCCAGAGCAAUAGGUCAUUGGCGGACGCUAUAUCACACCGCCUAAGCACGAUCUGUAAUGAGGUUUCAGGGAAACAAUGGGUCUUUCGGGAUCCCGUCAACACUGUGGUUGCUUUAGACCCGACCAACGCCUCCGCCAUUAUCUGGGGAUUUAUCCAAUUCUUCGUCGGUCGCGUGAUUGCAAGCAGCGAAACACGAGAUCUCGCAUUGGAUCAAGAGCCAGUGGCACAUCUCACCAGCCGAUGCGCUCUAAUUGAGAGGUGCUACAUCUACCAGGAGCGACUGGAGCCUUCGGUGUCGAUCUUGCUGCGCAAGCGGCUCGUCAGCGUCUACACCACCAUUCUCCUCUACCAGUUUGCAGUGUAUGGAUAUAUGAAGAAGGGGAAGAUCACCCACGGUAUUCAGAGCCUUGUUCCGAUCAUCCCCGUGGCGAAUGAAGAGCUACUGCUCGGCAUGGACGAGAAACUCCAGCCGCUGAGCAAGAUAGGUGGCCAGGUGCAGCAGGUCUUGGAUUUAGUAAGAGGCAUGGAGGAGACUGAGUAUUCAGAGGUCUUAAAGUGGAUCUCUCCAAUCCUCCAUAUGGAUCACCAUAAUCAGAUCAAGCCAAUGGAGGAGACGGGAAAAUGGCUCCUUGAACACCCCAAUUUUGUAUCCUGGCGCGAAUCACAUCAAUCAGGUCUUCUCUGGUUGCGCGGAAAUAUGGGCACGGGGAAGUCAAAUCUCGCCUCGAUGUUUGUUUCCCAUAUCCUGAAACAAGACCAUCUCGAGGAGAGUGCUCUCGAUGAGGAACGACUCGCUUUUUUCUAUAUUGACAGGACAAGCCGCGCGCGGCAAGCAGGAUCAGUGGAUGAUAUACUUCGAUCGCUCCUCAAGCAACUAACGAUCACAUGUGCAAAUGCCCUAUUUAAACCAGUCGUUGCCAAAUACAAGGCCCUGCAUGAUACCUCAAGUCUGCAUCGAGAUGAUUGCGUCUCCCUGCUCCAACUAAUCAUCCAGGCAAAUCGACAGGUGUCUUUCGUGAUAGAUGCAGUUGAUGAGCUGGAUGACGCCAGUCUCAUAGCUAAUCUAGUAAAAGAAUUAAAAGGUCUCAUAGACAGCUGCCAAGGAACAAUUGUGAAAAUCUUUAUUACGAGCAGAAACGAUAUGAAAGUAUUUCUACCGAUGAACCGAAUGUGGGAAGAUCGCCGCGAAAUUCCGGUUGAUGAGCUGAAUCGUGAGGAUAUUGAGAGGUUCAUUGAUAUGAAGGUCGACCGUUAUUGUGAAGAGAAGCCGUUUCGGGGUCAGCCUAUCCCCAAGAGUUACCGGAAGCUGUUGAAGGAUCGGAUGCGAGAGAAGUCUGGUGGAAUGUUUCGCUGGGUCGAUCUCUCCCUCGAGUAUUUGCGCCAACUGAAAGUAACAGACCCCAUGGCGUUGGUUGCCAAAUUAAAUUCGGUUCCCCCAGACCUCAUGGAGCUGUAUGCUAAGGUGUUUGACUCUAUCAAGAAGGCCCAAGACCCGGAUGGCCCUGACAUAGUGCGUCGAGUUUUAAGCUGGCUAAUGUACGCGCAAAAUGAUCGGCUGCUCGGUAUCGGAGGUUGGGCUGCUGAGGAUGAGAGCCCUUUCCUGGCUGCAGUCAACUAUGGUUUCGACGGCAAGCACACCGAUCUUACGGAAGAUGACAUUCAAGAAUUGUGCUCAGGAUUCGUUACGUUAGAUGAUACUACUGGGAGAUUCAGGCUCAUCCAUUUGUCUGUAAAGGAGUUCCUCCAAGAACAACCGGAAUAUACCCCUGAGGCGGGACAUGCGUUCCUAGCUGCCUCCUGUGUGGCAUACUUAAGCGAGAACUGUAUUGAGUUCCAGCCUAAUGCAUGGUCAUUGUUCGAUGAACCAGAAUAUCGCUUUAACUAUUAUGUGGGGGAGUAUUGGGCCCGUCACUGUGAUAAGGCCGAGCGUCGGCGCCACGAGCAGCCACUUGCAGGCUUGUUGGACUCCUUCUGGCCAUGGCCAGGAAGAGAAGCAAGCUCCACCUUUCACCAAGUUGUGAGCUGUUUGCAGGAACGCCAGGAGCUGUCGCGAUCAGGCGAACCCCUGAUUUACGGCGAGCUCUGCUCCUUAACUGUGAAUGACGAACCCUCGGCAUUUUUCCUCGCCUGUCAAUACGAUCUACGGGACAUUGUCGAGGCUUACUUGGAGAGUGGCCUUGACAUUAAUCGAACAGCAUCAAAUGGCUUGACUGGUUUAUUCUUUGCGUGUGUUGGUGAGAAGAUUGAUCUUGUCUCCUAUCUCCUUUCCCGAGGGAUUACUGUCUCCUGCAGCGAGGAAGAAGGUCGCCCCUCAGCCAUUUUGCCUGCUAUUUCUUUAGCCUGCUCCGGAAGAUGUGAGAUAUUGGAUCAGCUCUUAGCGCACAGUGGCGAUUAUAUUACAGAGUCGGAGCUAAAAUAUUGCUUGUCUACACUAGCAAGGGGGAAAUCUUCCCCCACAUUUAGACUAGAUCAGAGUGCCGCUGGGGACAUAUGGAGCAUAAAAUAUGUUGAGGAAACAUUGGAAAAACUCAUAUCCCACAUGUCUGCAUUCCACAUUACUAACUCAAUAGCAGAAGGCAUGUUUGGCUGUGGAGUCAAGGUAACCCGGCUGCUUCUUUCGCACAAUCCGUCUUUUCAGCUGACCGAUGAAACCCUGAAAUCUCUGGUGACAAAAUGUGAGAGCUUGGAAGAAGCCAUCGAUAUUUUUAAGGUAUUACACUCUUUCGGCCACAGACCGCUUGAUCAGCAGGAGUUCCACCUUGUCCUGAGCACUUGCCGAGGGUGGUCGGCUAAAACUCCUCUGCUAAGCUACUUUCUUGAGCUGAAUUCGACCAUAUCCAUAUCAUUGGACGCGGCACUCGUGGCAACGAGAAACUAUUACUCUGCAUAUACCGUAGUGCAGGCUUUGUUCGAACUGAAUCCAUUUAUGCCCGUUAAUGGGGAGGUGCUCAUGCAAGCUAUGACGACCUGCUAUGACAAAGGGGCGCUGCUGCAGCUCUUGUUGCACCAUGCCCAAUCGCUGCAAGUCACAUCUAAACACAUUCAGGUGGCAGUCGAACUCGAUACUGGUAGGUCCAUUGAGGCCGCCAUGGUCCUCCUGGACAACAGCCGGCACUUAGAAGUGACAGAUGAGGUGCUGAAUGCGGCCCUCCGCAGCCGCUGUGCAACAAAGGAUCUCUUGGAACGCUUGAUCAGUCAAAUGCCCUCAGUCGAAUUGACCACAGGCCUUGUGACCCUAAUAGAAAAUCCGAACAAUCACGUGGUUCUCAAAACUGUGAUAGCCUCAAAUCCACCAGAGCGAAUUACGGAAGACUUAGUACGAGCUGCGACGAACAAUGACUGUGUCAGCACCGAGACUUUACAGGAGCUUCUGAAACGAGCCCCAGCAGGAAUCUCCCUUCCUGAGGUGACAAUCGAGCAUCGAUGGCCAGAGGUUCCUCUUUCCGAGACUUGCCUGAAGAACGCCAUAGGCAAUGAGGAGAGACUUCGAGUGAUUUUCAACGCCAGGCCGUCCUUGAAACUUGAGGACCACAUUAUACUGUCAGUGUGCAGACGUGGAAAUAGCAGGUCUCCAGCAGUGAUGCAAAUGAUCCUUGCCCGUCAACCAAACACAGCUAUCACCGAAGAGAUGAUAGACGCAGUGGUUAACUCUAGGGGCUAUUGCGAACCGGAGCUACUGGAGAUUCUGCUGUCUCAUAAUCCUCGAUUUGAGAUAUCUGAGAGCCAGCUUCUGUCGGCAAGCCGCCGGGAUUGUUACCCCAUGAGUAAUACCGGCAUGGUGAGAGCCAUUCUCACUACGCGGCCCCAUAUUCGUCUCACUCCAGAUUCAUUUGUGGAAUGUUGUGCCAAAGCCAAUAGGAGUCCCGAGUUCCUAGAUAUGAUUAUCCCAAGGCUUCAAGGCAACAUCCUAGGAGAGGAGCUAAUACUGUCGGUAACCUCUAAAUGUGUGCCGAGGGUGCUCAAAGAACUACUUUGUCAAAGGCUGUAUGCUACAAUAACUGACGCCAUCGUAGCUGAGGCGAUACACCGUGUCAAAAUAGCCAUUGGGCCGUGGGGAGAAGCAGAGUGGCUCAGUGAUAGUGCUAAGGAACUGUUUGCCAUCCUGCUGGCACGGUCAGAUUUGUCCGAGACAGAACGUCAGCAACGGAGGGACGAGUUCGACAGUGCAUGGGCAUAUAACAUGAGGGUACAAAAGCGACGCAGACAGUAUUCGUAG